AUGUUCAUCUUGAACGCUCUCGCAGCUUUGCUGUAUGUCUUGCCCGCCGCCCAGGCCCACGUUCCCAAGAUUCGGGGCUAUGCCUUGACUUGGGCCGACGACUUCAAUGGUCGGCGCAACACCCUGCCAGACCCGGACAAUUGGAUUAUCGACACCGGAACUUCUUACAACGGAGGGCCUGCUCAGUGGGGUACCGGAGAAAUUCAGACGUACACCAACGAUAUCAAGAACGUGCGCAUGAAUGGCAAAGGCAACCUCCAAAUCACCGCUAUCCGGAAUGCCACUGGAACCUGGACGUCUUCACGAAUUGAGACUCAGCGUACCGAUUUCAUGGCUCAGCCGGGCGGAAAGAUGAUCAUCCAGGGAAGCCUCAAGAUCCCAGACCUCAACGGCCAUGGAGUCGGUUACUGGCCGGCUUUCUGGACUCUGGGCGCUGAAUAUCGUGGCAACUACUGGAACUGGCCCUCAAUUGGAGAAUUCGACAUUAUGGAGAAUGUUAAUCUCGUCGACCGUCACUGGGGUGUUUACCACUGCGGGACAAACCCUGGCGGACCAUGCGAUGAGUCCAACGGCAUUGGCAACAGCAGCACUUGUCCGGACAGUGCCUGUCCCGGCAACUUCCAUACGUAUUCUAUUGAGGUCGACAGACAGAACACUCCUGAGACCCUGACAUGGUUUGUCGAUGGGGUUCAGUUUCACCAAGUGAACGAGACAGCCAUCCCGGAUGCCGUGUGGGAAAAGACCGUUCACAACCCCCACUUCAUUCUCAUGAACAUGGCUAUCGGUGGAGGCUUUCCCAACGGUGUUUACGGCUCCGAGACCCCAACCAACGCUACAGUUUCAGGUGGAACAUAUGAGGCUGAAUAUGUAGCUGUGUACAACUCAUUCAACCAUACUCGUCAAGACUCUUAG